AUGGGAAAGGUAGUAUGGGACAUUGCAAGGAAGGCUGACAACUUGUGGGUCAAAUGGAUACAUGAUAAAUACAUUAGAACAAAUGAUUUGAGUACAUUUGCUGCACCACAAGGGGACAAUUGGGUGGUCAAAGCUAUUUGUAGAACCAAAGAAAAACUGAUUAGGUUCUAUGGAGUUUCAUGGAUGUAUAACCAGAAAUAUAGUAUUGCUGCUAUAUAUCAGAAGUUGAUGGACUUUGGGGUUAAGGUUAACUGGUGUCAAGCAAUAUGGAAUCACCAGAAUGUGCCAAAACAUAGAUUUGUGUGCUGGUUGGCCAUGAAAGACAGGCUGCAGACUAGUUACAGACUAGCUCAUAUAGGUGUGUGUGAGAAUAAUAGUUGUUUGUUAUGUGAUAGUGGUAUGGAUGAUGGUAAGCACUUAUUUUUUGAAUGUUGUUAUAGUGAGCAAUGCAUUAACAAGAUUAAGCGAUGGCUAGGUAUAAAUGCUGUUACUAAUAAUCUGCAUCAAAUGCUGGAAUGGGUGAACAUUAGAUACAAAGGUGGUAAAUUCAGGAAGAAAGUGGUGAUUGCUAGCUUAAUGGUUGUUGUUUAUAAGAUUUGGCAGGAGAGGAACAAUGUACUUUGGAAUCAAUAUGUGCAUACUAUAGAUAAGGUUGUAAAUGACAUUAAAAGUGAUGUAAAGCAAAGAGUUCAAUUUAGAGUGCCUAGGAGAUUAGGGGAGGAAGAUAGGCAGUGGUUGUACAGCUUAUAG